AUGGCGUCUUCUUCAACACGAAAAUAUUGUGCAGAUACUAAUGGUUGUAAACAAACAGCUGCUGCACUUUGUGAAGGUUGCUCUCAAGCUUUAUGCACUAAACAUUUUAUCGAUCAUCGUCGUUUGUUGAGCGAAGAAAUAGAUGUAAUCAUUAGUGAAUACAACCAAUUUCAAAAUACAUUCAACGAACAAACAACUAAUAUUGACUUGCAUCCAUUAGUCAAACAAAUUAACGCAUGGGAAAAAGAAUCAAUUGAUAAGAUUCAACAAAAAGCACAAGAACUACGACAAGAACUACUUCAACAGACCACUAUUGACUUCGAGAAGUUAUCAAAGAAACUUCAACACCUAUCUGAACAACUAAAAGAAGGUCGAGAACAUGAUAGCUUCGUUGAAACUGAUCUUUGUGAUUGGAAAAAAUCACUCGAAGAUCUAAAAUCAAAUCUCAUUUUGCCUUCAACAUUUUGCAUUAGUCAAGAUGAUGGAAUUCCACUAGUGCAAAAUGUUUUUGUUCAUCCGAUCGAAACAAUGGAAGUAUUUGAACGAGCGUUUGAUAAUAAUGUUUUAAUAGAAGAAAAUGGAUUAGUCGCCAUUCAUAGUACAAUUCUCGCCUACACAGAAAUACGUGGAAAAAAUAAAUACACAUCAGGUCAUCAUAAACUUCGUCUAUGUAUUGAACAAUCUUCUGAUACUUGGAUAUUUUUCGGAAUUAACUCAAAGUCAACACCUCUACAAAGCUUAUCAUACAGCUCUGAUUCAACGUAUGGAUGGGCUAGUAACAAUCAUCUUUGGUUAAAUGGAGAACCCCAUUCAAAUCCAUCUACUUCUCGUAUUGAGAUGAAAAUGAAUGAUGUAAUCAGUUUAAUCUUCGAUUGUGAUAAUCGUGAAAUUUCGAUGAUUAAUGAACGAACUAAUGCAAGAUCUGAUUUGAUUGUAAAUAUUGAUCAUUGUCCAUUUCCGUGGCAACUUCAUGUCAAUUUAUGUCUUGGCACAAACGCCAUGACUCUACACUGGACACGACAUCGUAGCGCUGAAAGCUCAGACGACGAAAUUAGCGUUGAACUAGCGGUUCUUCGACAACAUUGGAAACAAAUUUUACAAAUAUUUCAAAAACCAUUAAUCGAUCAAGACGAUAUUAGUUGUGUUUUAUCUCAUUUUCAACAUGCAGUCACAUUACUUACCGAUGAAGUGGCUAGUCAGGAUCGGCCCGGUCCUAUACUUUUAUAUUUUGUUGGUGAAGCUAUUCUUGAUACAUUCUUUGUCUGGUCAUUAAGUUGUCCCGAAUAUGCAUCCGAAUUAAAAUAUCAUCAAUUACGUUGUUUCGAAUUUCUUCUUAGUCGAUCACAACAUGAACUUCUCUUUCAUAAACAAAUUUUUAAACCAUUACUCAAUCUUCUUCGAUCAUGUGAAUCUUCGUUAUCAUUAGACCUUAUUGAAAAACAUAUGAUUGUUGUGCUUAAUCAAGUAUGUGUUAGUAUAACAAAAAGUCCAGAAUUACUUGAAUUUUGUUUCGACAUCAGUGCUGAACAUGGUCCAUCUCGAUUUGUUAUAUUUUCACUUUUAAUUCCAUUUGUUCAUCGUGAUGGACUUGCCGGUCAACAAGCACGUGAUGCUUUAUUACUGAUCAUGCAGUUAUCCAAUCGAAAUGAACAUAUAGCACGACAUAUAGUUGAAAAUACAAAUUUUUGUCCGAUUCUAGCAACUGGUUUAAGUGCCCUUUAUUCUGAUUUACCACAUCGUUUAUCAACAAAUAAUGAUGAGUGUUUUAUAUUAACAAAAAAAGAAUGGUCAGAAAGUCCAGCAUUAGCGCAAUUUAUGAAUUCUCUUCAAUUUUCUAACGAUGUUAUUCAAAUUGCUCAUCCAACAAUUGGCCAUCAUUUAUUACAAUAUAUUUAUCAUGGAUUUCUUGUACCAGUUCUUGGUCCAAGUAUUCAUCAAAAUACAAUGGAUGAAGUUAUUGCAGCAACAGCUUAUUUGGAUUUAUUUUUGCGUACAAUUCAUGAGCCAGCUUUAUUAAAAGUAUUUUUAAAGUUUAUACUAUGUGCAAGAAUUGAUGAAAUAAGUUUAUUAGAUACAUUAAUACAGCGAAUUAAUUAUAAUACAAAACUUGGAUUAGUUUCAUUGGGCUUAUUUUAUACAUUAAUUAAUCUUAAUUGUGAAGAUAUUAUGUAUCGUCUCAUAUUUAUGUAUUUGAUCCCAUGUCGACAUGUUAUGUGUAGUCAACGACGACACAUAUCUGAUGUAGAAAUUUAUGGAAAAAAUGCUGAAAGAUUUCUUUCAUUGAGACCUUCAUUUUCAAAUAAAAAUAGCAAUGAAAAUUCACAAUCGAAGCAAGUCCAUGUUAGCUUUCAUCAAAAUGGUGAAUCUUCUAAUAAUGUUGAUCGAUAUGAAUAUACAUUUGGUGCUUAUCUUGAAGAUGCCCAUUUUAGUAUAGUUCGUUGUCGUGUUGCUUGUCGUUGUUGGACAGUACCAUAUGAUGGUGAAACACCAUCACCAGAUACAAUCAUUGGAGAUUCUGAUCUUAUAUCAUUAUCAAGUAGUCUUUCAUCAAUACAUAUCGAUAAUAAUAAUUCAAAAAAAUCUGAUUUAAAUCCAAAUAAUUGUUCAAGUCAAAAGCAAUCAAAUAAAAAUGUAACUGCAUCAAAUGAUUCGGGUAUUCAUGAAGAUGUUCUUGAUACAAAUUCUCAAACAGAAAUCUUACCAAUAGUAAUAAAAUCAACAACAGAUGAUUUUCAAUUACCAUCAUGGCUUGCUAAUGGUGAACCUAUACCUGAUGAACUUCUUGCUAAACGUUCAUUAAAUAUUCAUUCAACAUAUCCACAUAUAGACAAUAAUGACGAUGAUGAUAUUGAUCCUUAUCAACCAUCAUCAUUUUAUGGUUUUUCAUUUAUUGAAUUAUCUGGUAGCAGUGAAGAUUCAUGGUCAAUACAUUCAUCAAAUAAUCUAUCGAUAGUAAAUACAAAUAUUCGUGAUGAAAUAAAAACAUGUGUAGAAACAUUAAAUAUAUGUUUAAAUCAAUUUCGUGGAAUGAAUGAACAAUUAAAUAAUAAAGAAACACAGGAAGAAAUUGAUGAGAAUGUUAAAAUUUUAUUAAAUGAAUUAAUUGAUGAAAUUGAAAAUUUAUCUGACAAAGAAGAAAUUCAAAGUUUAAAUGAUCUAUCAACUAUAAAUUCAAUUUCAUUAGAUUAUAAUUUAUUAAAUGAAUUAUUUACUAAAAAAUUAACAUUUAAUGAAUAUUUAAUCUUACUUGAUCAUCUUAUUGAUAACAAUAUAUUAAAAUUUUCAUCUAAAACAGGUGAAGAAUUAUCGAAUGAAAUUCUUCAUCUUGCUGAUGAAAUUGAACAUUAUAAAACAAUGAUUAAAAUAGAUAAUAAUAAUGAUAUUGAUCAAAAUUUAAUAAAUAUUAAUUUAGACAAUCAAUAUCAUCAACAAUUAUUAUCAAAUACACAAUCAAAUUAUUCUGUUAUAUCAUUUUUACAACAAUCAACAUCAAUGGAUAUAUCUCUAUUAGGUACAAAUGAUUUGUCAAAUCAAAUACAGUCAACUUUAAUGACAUCAACUGUUCAACAAUCAACAACAACAUCUGCUGGAAAAAUGGCUGAUGUUGGUAUGUCUAGUAUUAUUGAUCAAUAA